GAAUUUUAAAAACAGGACAUGUCUGGGCAGCCGUAUCUCAGGCCCCCCUUGAUCAAAUGACCCUAGAGUGACCAGACAGCAAGUGUGAAAAAUUGGGGCAGGGAGUGGGGGGUAAUAGGAGCCUAUAUAAGGAAAAGAUCCAAAAAUCUGGACUGACCCUAUAAAAUGGGGACAUCUGGUCAUCCUAAAUGACCCCAGGGCGGCCCAACCAAGCUGCACUAGCCUCGGAUCUGGCAUGCCAGCUUUCACUCUUCCUGUGAAUUUCAGAGCACUGUGAAAUGCUGCCUUUACAAAGAAAUGCUGCGUCAGCCUAGGUCGCUAAGCCUGCUCCUGCUGGCAUGCUGUAGCUACCACAAUCACGUGCGCUGCUGGGACAACCAGCCUGAAAGGCUCCUAACUGCUGACCAAUCGGGUUUUGAAGCUGGCUCUUGGUGGCCAACGCUAGCUGAGCUGAGCUGAGGGGCAGCCCAGUGAUAGAAGUUGCAUAACUGAACAUUCCCAUCAGCAGAGGCUGGCCCAGGGAAUCUUCUCCCUCUGACAAGCCCCUGAAGAAUUACCCUUUGUCAAAAUGGCAGCUCUCCCCCACUGCUCUCAACCGUAUUCCCUCCAGGGCAGGCUGUGAACUGAGGACAAUGGCAGACAGUGGCCUUUUUGCCAACAGGCAGUUUUUAGAGCCUGGCCGAAACUGGCAAGCCCCCAGGUGCCAGCCCCUGAUCGCGGAGCCCGGCUGCCAUGAGAUGCUUCCCAAAGCGCUUGCUCGCUACUGCCCUGACGCUUCUGGGUCUGCUCCUGCUCCUCAGCCUCUGCCUGCAGCGCCCGAAGGACCCACUGGUGGAGGAAGUGAAGCGCUGGGCCCAGGAAAUGGUGCUGCAGCAACUCCAGCCUGAGGGGAACCUGCGCAGCUUCCAGGAUCUGUGGAACGCCUCUGCCUCCAGGAACGUCUCCUAUCGCUACCUCGCUGGCCACUCCACUUCUAGGAAGAAAUUCCUCACUGUGGGGCUGUCAUCUGUCAAGCGGAAGCGAGGCAACUACCUCCUGGACACUCUGAAGUCCAUUUUCGUGCAGUCAACCCAGGAGGAGCUGGAGGAGAUGGUGGUGGUGGUGCACCUGGCUGACCCGGACUCAGAGUGGAACACUCAGGUGGUAAUGGACAUUUCCGCAAGAUUCACUCCCCACCUCCUCCGGGGCCAACUGCUGGUUAUCCAUGCCCCUCCAGAGUGCUACCCGCCCCUGGAAGGCCUGAAGAGGAACUACAAUGAUGCUGAGGAUCGAGUGCAGUUCAGAUCCAAGCAGAAUGUGGACUAUGCGUAUCUCCUCAGCUUUGCUGCCAACCUUUCCUCCUACUACCUCAUGAUUGAGGAUGACGUGCAGUGCUCCAAGUCCUUCUUCACUACCAUCAGGAAGGCAGUGGCAUCCCAGGAAGGCUCCUACUGGGUCACGCUGGAGUUCUCCAAGCUGGGCUACAUUGGCAAACUCUACCACUCCAGCGACCUGCCCCAGCUGGCCCAGUUCUUGCUGCUGUUCUACCAGGAAAUGCCAUGUGACUGGCUUCUGGGGCACUUCCGCCUGUUGCUCACCCAGAAGGAGGUGAUUCGCUUCAAGCCAUCCCUCUUCCAGCACAUCGGCCUGUACUCCUCCUUCCAGGGGACACUUAACCAGCUGAAAGACAAUGACUUUGAGGCAAAUUCCUUGGAUCUGCCUGACAACCCCCCAGCUGUGAUGUUCACAGACAUAGACACCUUUGAGAACUACCUGCCCAGCAAGGCCUACAGCACAAUGCCGGAGUACUUCUGGGGGAAAUCGCCAUCUGCCGGCAGCCACUUCACCAUCAUGUUCCGCCAGCCUGCCCGUAUCUCACGGCUCCAGGUCCACACCGGCUCUGAGGAGCGCCACACCGACUAUCUCCACUCAGGGACUGUGGAGCUGGGCAGCCAGCAGCAGGGAAAAGGCAAGGGCUGUUCUACAUACACCCAUGUCGGAGCCUUUGAGAAGGGACACUUUGACCGUACCGGCUUGGAGAACAGCACGGCUGCCACCCCGGAGUGCGUGCGGAUCCUAGUGACAGAGAGUCAGAGCGAAUGGCUGAUCAUCCGCAGCAUCAGCAUCUGGACCAAAGCAAACAGCUAAGGGGGGUGCAGGGGACAGAGGCACUGCUGGUGACCCACAUGCCAGGGAGCUGGCCUCCCUUCUCAGGGACGAGCAAGCAGUUUGGAGGUGUCUGAGGGGCAAUGGAGGGUAGUGGCACUGCCCCUCCCAGGCAAUGGCACGCUGCUGGGGAGGCACAGUGAGGGCCUAGUGGGGAAGGAAGAUGGGGCACUGAGGGUGAGGGCAGUGGCACAGCAGGAUCCUGGUAGCAUGGCAGGAUGGUGCAUUAGGGCAAGAAACGGGAGCUAAUGCAGCACAUUGAUACUCUGACCUUUCAGGGUGCCCUAUGUCCUUGGUCAUUAAUUGCCAGUGUAUAGGAGAGCCUGGCCCCCACCGGCCCCACAGAGCUGACUAACUCCUCUGAACUGCUUCCUGUGGGGGCUGAGAGGGUAAAAAGUCAGAACCAGGCCCGGGUAAGCAUCCCGCUGGGCCAGGCCCCAGGAGCGAGACCUGGAAUGGUGCUUGCAGCAGACUCUGGAGAGGUCAGGAAAGCCAGCAGUGCUCGGCUCGGGGCAGGUUCAGGGCAUUGUCUACUCUGGAACUCUAGCCCAGACGUGGGAAAAACCAACGCCCCAGCGUGUGAGACUGCUCCAAGGGCAGAGGCAGCCAUGUGGGAAACCUUCGCUCAGGAUCCUACUGCUCACGGCCGACCUGCUCUACCCCCGACAGUUUAGAACUGGGAGUCCAACCUCUCCAGCCUGACGGCCAAAACGCUGUACGCCAAAUGCCAGGAGGCUACAUUCACGGUGGGAGGGGCAGGUUAUUAAUCAUAUUCAUUACAGCAGUGCCUAAGAACCAGUCAAAAUCAGGGCCUGGUUGUGGUAGGUGCUGUGCAAACACAGAGUGGCAGAUAAUCCCUGCCCUCAAGCGCUUACAGUCUAACUAGCCAAGCCAGCCUCCUUGCCAGCCCCCUCCUCGCUCCUGACUUCUUCUGAAACCACAUUGAAACUCUAGAAGCAAGGAUCUGUGUGGCCCCUGGCACCACGGGGCCAAACCCAGGGGCAAGAACGCCUCCGUUCUGUGGCAGCGUUCAUCUAGUGUAUCCACUCUUUGGCUCAAGCCUUUGACAAUCGCAAGAUUGACUUAAAAGUCAUGAGAUUUUUACAAACCUAAUAAAUAUUUGGUUCUUUUCA